CUCAUAUACUUACCUCACAGCGAACCAUCGAUCUCUCUUGUAGCUUGUGCUUUAUGGGCAAACCGACGCUGCAACGACGUUCAAUUAUGCCUUGUCAAAAGGUCUGAUAGUACUUAGUCAUCCCUCAGGUGGACUGCGCCACCAGCUAACUUACUCGGUAUCACGAUGGAUCCGCUCGAUUGCCUUUCUCAGCCACCUCACUCUGAAUCUUCUUCUUCUUCCGCAUCCUCUUCCUUCUUCCCUCAACCAUUCAAGAUUGACUCGUACAGACCUCCGGCUGAACAUUAUUCAUCUCGAGCCAAUACACCCUCAUUUGCCACUCCUUCUCGGACGUUUAGUCGGUCAUCCUCCGUCUUCAGUACCAGCAAUAACUCUUACGCGACGAGAGUGGAAAAAUACAAGUCUGAGAAACUGGAAAAGGAGCGAUACGAAUCUGCUCUGAAGCUCAAGUCUACAUGGGAGACCAUCUAUGAAAAGUACGGCUCGGUCAACCCGGAUGAAGAUGAUGAGAUUGAUAUCAACACUGGCAAGAUUGUCAUCGACAGAGGUAGGUUGAGGUCAAUGUCGGCCAGAGCGUUCGGAGAAUUGGAAGACGAGGAUACGAGGUCUAGUCUAGGGCCGGACGAUUGGGUCUUUGAAAGUGAUGAGGAUGAACUUGGAGCUUGGGAUGAGAGAUCAGGAUUGGAUGAUCAAUUUCCAGACCCGGCGGUGACUCGAGCGAUGAGACCUGGGUGGACAAGGGAAGAUCAAGAGGAUUUGGACUCGUUCCUAAGGGCAGAAUCCGUCAGGCGGACGACGCAAGAAGAGGAUAAUGAUGAAGAAGUUGCGCCUGCAAGGAUCAGUCGUAAGACAGCCCCUCAGGAAGACCUCAGCGAUGGAGAUGUCGAGGAGAGUGAAGAGGAAAUGGAAGAGGUAGAAGAAGUUGAAGAAGUGGAGGAGUCUGACGAGGUUGAGGAGUCUGAAGAAGUCGAAGAGGUGGAGGAGAGAUGGGAAUAUGAGUCUUCUCCGGAUAUGUCACCGCCAAUUAAUGUCUCGAGAUCGGUAUCGAGGAGUUCUUUGGCCCCGACAUCUGUAAAACGACAAAGUGUUAGACCGGCAGUGGUACUCCGUGACCGCUCUACAUCAGACGACGAGAUGCUGUCAAACCUUUUGCCGAUGCCGUUGACUGGCACUUCUGUACGGGCAACGGGCCGUACCAAUGCUCGUCCUUCACCGCCAGCAUCAACAACCCGAAAUGCAUUCGAGGUGGUCAUUCCCGCUCGAUCUUCGACCAACAAGCCAUCUCCAACUAGGCGAGCCAGAGCUCUGACCGAAUCGCGUCAACUCCUCCUCGACCUCUUUACACCGCCACCGUCCUCCCCACCACCCGGUUCAGCCUCCUCAUCAAAGAAAUUAAAAGGCAGGACAAGCUCGAAAAGCGUUCCCCCAGCGCCGACUCUCAGGGACUUGUUCUCUCCCAAUUCGCCUGAACCUCCCUCCAAGCCAGUACGGCGCGUCAUCUCUACUGGCAACGUAUCGACCAGAGAGAAGAACAGCGACAGCGACCCCGCUACAUCGCCUCAGAGAUGCCUCCAAUGCCUCCUCGCUGGGGGCGACAGACUUAAGUGGGCGGGACGCUGUCCUGGCCGAUUGGUGGGACGGGAUUGUCCGUUGACUGGACCAGUGGACACCGUUCCCACGAGGAACGAAACCCCAAUUCGGCCCACUGAAAUCACGGGAGACUUCCGUGCGCCCCAAAGCGGUGUCCUCUCACCUCCAACCCCAGACCUCAUACAUGCUGACGCCGAGGAGACAUCUCAAGUAUAUCACGACGUCGGUCUCACGACUCUUGCAGAUGGCAGCUCGACCGACGGUGUUACCAGAAAUCUCUCCCAGACUCCCCGAAGCGGUCUCAUGACCCCUACUCCGGAAGGCUCGAAGCGUCAGGCUCGACAUUGCGUUCUCUGCCGUGAGGCUGGAGGUGACAGAGCGCUUGGAUCGGCCGAAUGUCCUGGCAGGCGACGGCGAAGAAGGUGCAAGUUUUCAGACGAACAUCAAGUAUCCGAGCUUCGAUCGAGCUCCUCCAUGCCAGAGCUUCGGCUCAGAACACCUCGCAGUCAGUCCGAGGUUUCUCCCAAACCACAGUCACUGUCUGCGCAGAGGGUUUCUCAUCGGAUCAUGAGUUCCGAGGAGCAAGAUCAGCUCUCGCCAGUUGGUCUACCUAGACAGCAGCAGGUUGAAGCCGCUGAGUCACCUAAAGAUAAUGCGUUCGUACGCCGAGGCUCAGUCAAGGGUUCGGAACGGUCCUACACACCAUUGACGGGAUACAACUUCCAACGCGGUACAACACCUCUGCCUCGGGGUGCCACACCCUUGUCCACACGCCGACAACUGUUCACGCCUAAGGGGACCAAUCCGAGACGAUGCAAAUACUGUCACCGGGCCGGUGGAGAGCGAGCUGAAACGGCUUCAUGGUGUCGCGGCAGGACUUGGGCGAAGAAUUGUCCAUUCUACAUGGAUGGGCGGGAUACGCCUUGCCCCACACCAUUCCGAAUGACCGUGACGCCUGAUCGAUCCGUCUCAAGGGAACCGUGGCACCAUGGACACCCAGAGGAUCCGAGCGAAUACCGAUCAGGGCUACCACAGGAGACGCGAUCGUUCUGGCACCCUGCGAACGCUCGUUCCACGAUUGAUCUGUCUCAGCCAGCGUCUUCGCCCCAUGCGUCGAGCACGCGUUUCGCUCCACGAUCGUUGCUGACGCCCAUGUCCUCCACGAGUGAGCGUGGAUCCUCGAUAGCCACCGGAUCUCAGCCUCGAAAAAGCAUUCUGCGGCGUCCUUCAGAGGCGGCGGAUGUAUCUCGCGAGUCUCCCGCGCCGAAACGCACUCGAUUUUCGCUUGGACCAGAUCUUCCAGAUGCUUCCACCGUGCUGUACUGUCGACCGGGAGAGGACGUCCUCGGAUUGGAGCGUGUCCCAUCACGCCCUAUGCCGUCCUAUGGAUCCAGUCCGUAUUCGAAAGAGAUGUUGGUCCGGGCUGCCGACGCUGGCGUGGAUCUCUCCGCGAGAUUGACCGGACGACUUCCACCGAAUCUGCUCAAGAGCAUCGGCUUACUAGGUAAUACUGGCAGAUCCUCACCCGUGGCAAGUAUGAAGAAGUCUUUUUCGAUGCCCUCAGUCAGGCACGUAACGCAUAGCUCGCCAACAGCGUCUUGGUCACCUCUACCUUCAAAAACCGCCAGGACGUCCCUCGAUCGAGCGCGGCGCAUGCUUCCUCCACCCUUACCCGACAAAUGUUAUCAACCUACACCGCCCUUAUCGACCGGUUCCACCUCUUCAGCUUCAUCUAGACCCCGCAGUCGAUCAAUGUCUCUUGGGACGCCUACCCCUCGCACUAACAAGGCUCAAGCUCGAGCUCACCCUCAUUCCCCCCCUCGCCCGAUUGCGCAAACCCAUUCCGGCAAGCGCGAAGGACCAGCCUCUGCCGAGCGAGAGGAUCUUGGCGGCGUCGACGGCGUUGCUGAAUCCAUCUCCUGGGGAUUGGAUGAGGAUGCAGGAGGAUCUGCCGAUCUUUGCGAGGGAGGGAGCAGCUUGAUUAGACUGGUUUGAAAUCUAUGUCAUGCAUGUGUGUAUAUGCU